AUGCAUAGAUGCUAUCCCAAUCACAGCGCAGAAAACUGGUUCUUCGUUAAGGCGGCUCUUCGAGAGACCCACGAAGAAAUUGGUGUUGAGCCGGACUCAGUGGAAGUAUGGGGUCGUCUGAAGCCGGUGUUCACACGAACGAUGACUGACACGGUAGUGCCAAUAGUUGGAUGCAUCGGUUACGAAGCUUUGCGAACUGAUUGCGUGAAUAAGGGAGAGCAGAAGGUUCGACACGUCCAUCUGGAGGCGGAGCUUUCGCCCACUGUUCAGAUCCGAAUCGGCCGUGCACUUGUCGAAGUUCAAAUGCAUGCACCCUGGAAACAACCUUGGUUUCAUGUUCAAACGCUGUUCUCCGUUCCACUCGAAGAAUUAUGCCAAUCAACGGGAUAUACACGAUUCAAGUCAAAAAGAUUCGAGUACACAUUACCAGUGUUCUUCAGCAAAAAAUUCACGGUGUUAAGCGCUCGCUGUUCUGCUAUUGAGCCUGGACUCGAUCUGACUACUCAGUUUUCGAGUGACAAGUUGUUUUUGUGGAUUAUGGGCUACGAUAGUUUAGAGUCAUUCUGUAGUUCACUUCAGGAUGCUGUCUUUCCCAUUUUUACUGUUUCCCCGUUUUCCAUCUCCUUUUUUUCGCCUUCACUUUCAUCAUCAAUCUCCUCUGGCCUUCAGUGUAUAUUGUGUAUGUAUGUCGGUCUGUCUUUGUGUCUCUGGUCGUAUAUAUUAUGCAGUUCGUUGGGGUUUCCGCAGCAACUCGACCAUCGGAGGGCAUGGAAACGACGUCGUUGCCAACCACUAACGGGAUCAACUUACUACCCAAAUUCAUCACUUCCAACGUUCAUUGCUACCUCUUCAGAGUCCCUCAACCACUAG